CUCACUUUUUUGGCUCCUGCACCCUCCUCCAAGGCAACCCCUCCCUGCCCAAAUCAUCCAGUCCCCCCCACAUCCUCUUCAUUUAACCUCAUAUGACAGGAGUCCCCAACCCUCCCACUUUGGCUCACUUUUGCAAAACUCAGCAGACACACCAGAAAGGCUCUCCGAGGUUGUGACAUCCAGCAUAAGGAGCUGUCAGCCACUUUCUAGAACCAUCUAGGAGGAAGCCUCUUCUAAUUUGGAAACGAACAAAGUAGAAAGUGUUGGCCAUAAAAAUGGCAUCCCAGAUCCCUGCACUGCCACAGUCCUACGCUCCGGGGACUGACAGCGUCUUUUCUGACCAGUCUGGCUUUUACUCUCUGGACUCCAACGUACCUGGACUCUCAAAGGUGAUUCUCAACAAGCUCAACCUGAAGGACUACGGAGAAUACAGGGCUGCACUCGAGGGGAAGGCUAGAGGAAUCUCAUUCCGCAACUACAAAGAGAUGUUCCAGAGGAUGGAGGAAACCUUCAAGUUCUGCGCCGGCUGUAACAAACUCCCCGAGCAUCUCGCCGAGGGACAGGCCCUGAAGCGCUGUGUGAAGUGUUUGAAUGUGUACUACUGCACUAAGGACUGUCAAAGAAAGGACUGGGUUCAGCAUAAAAAGGUUUGCAAGAUCUUGCGGCUGGUGGCGAUUGACAGACUAGUGGAGUGGCUAAUGUUCACAGGAGACCUCCCCAUCCCUACUGAGAAGUGGUCCAAGUCAGCUGGUGAGGUGAAGAACUGGGACGACUGGCUUUCCAUGCAGGGGGAUCUUACACCACGCCUGAACACCAUCUUGUCCGGUGCCAACAUGGCGGCCCUUUGGAAAAACGCCUCCAGGCCUCGACCGGAUGACGCUGACCUGCGACAAUCCUUAUGGCGAAUUCAGAGCGAGUUCCUCUCUCGAGUUCUCACAGUGGGCUUGGCCGUGCAGCACUUUAAACUGGACCCGCAUGCCAAACCAGUCACUGUUCACCUAGUGGGGACAUCUCACAAUGAGACCAUGGGAGCCAGACUGACCGACUUUGAUGAGCUGAACCACAUGUUCCCUGGUCACCAGGGCAUAGAGGUGGUGAUGGUUGGACCCGAGGUGGUGGACGGCCCCAUCAUGAGACCUCCUCUCAGGGCAUUUGGCCCCAAGCAGAGAGUCUACAUCAGUGCCUACAAGGCUCUUUACCAUCAGUUCUGGGAGGAUGUGGUGGAUAAACAGGAAGCAGCCAAGCCGGACCUGGUGGUUGGAUUUCAUCCUGGGUUCCACGCUAACCAGGGUCUGGUAGAGGGUUGGCUGCCCACUCUUCUGCUGCUCAGAGACUAUAACAUCCCUUCCUUCUUCACCAUGUUCAGUGAGAUGGAGCUCAAGUACUCACUGGAGAUUCUGCUGGAGCUGGAGAUGCACAUCAGGGAUAGUGGGCCCAAUCCAUUCACCUCACAGAAACCAGAGCAGGUCCAAGCGUGUCCUAACAAACCCCCCGUCUACUGCAACUCUCAUUACAUCAGUUUCCAGGGACUGCUUCCACAAGAAGACCUUGGGGGCCGUCGUGCAGAUGCUUAGAGUCCACAGUGAAACCUAUGAAGGUAACUCAACGCCUUCUUUUCAGACCUGACAGAUUUGCGGGUUUCCUGAAGUCCUUGGGGGACUUUCUGCAACCUGUCAGAGAUGGACAUAACUCUGCUGGACACUGAAGGAUACCUCUGGCAUUGGGAGUGAAGGAAAAAUAAUCUUCACUCCUUCCAGAGUGUCCUUUAAUUCUGAUAUGUUUACCUAAUGAGGCAGAAGCCAGCAGUUUUUGGGGGGUAAAAGCACCAGUGGAUCCCAGAGGUUUCUACUCUCUUCAUUAUGCAGGGUGACAUGACUGUUGGAUAUGAAGACUCACUGUUGUACCUGUAUUAUGAGACCAAAAUUAGCUUCAUCAUCACUUGACGACUUCCUGUGAUUUGUUCUGCGGCAUGAGCAAAUUCCCAAAUAUCACACUGGCUGCACAUGCACUUGAAUUUAACACACAAUCUCGAAUAACGACUAAAUAAAUGACAGCAUUAUCAAAGAAGCUGAGAUUCCUUUGAGAUUUGUGAUGGUUGUGAGUUUUUCUACUUUAUCGCGUGGUUUUGUCUCUGCUUUGUUGCUCAAAUUUGAGUCUUUAGUUCUUGAAAAAGAGUUGUGCUGACAGCAGAGAGUUCUACUGAUGCACAUUAAAGUAACAUUUCUUUAUUUAUGCCUCUGUUUACUGUGUGUUGUCUUUUAUUAAGGUUUAUUAUCAUGUCUAAUAGCAUUUUUAAUGGUGGUAAUCACUUAAGCGUGGUAAAAUAUAAUAAACACACCAUUACUGUUCUGAUUA